AUGUAUGUACAUCCCAAAAUAUCGGAAUGCAUUGUAGUUCUACCGGUAUGUAAUACAGUGGUUGUUGGAGAGAUAGCCAAUUUUGCAGCCUAUGCAUAUGCUCCAGCAAUUCUUGUUACUCCCUUGGGAGCUUUAAGUAUAAUUUUCAGUGCAGUGCUUGCUCAUUUCAUUUUGAAGGAAAAAUUGCAUAUCUUUGGUGUGCUCGGUUGCAUUCUCUGCAUGGUCGGCUCAACGAGCAUUGUUUUGCACGCUCCGCAGGAGAGGAUUAUAGGUUCAGUAAAGCAAGUGUGGCACCUUGCUACUGAGCCAGGUUUCAUUGUCUAUACCGGUAUAGUUUUGGCUAUGGUUGCUGUGCUAAUCUUCCGGUACGUUCCGCGCUAUGGAAAAACUCAUAUGGUGGUGUAUGUUGGAAUCUGUUCUCUCAUGGGUUCUCUUACGGUAAUGAGUGUGAAAGCAUUAGGAAUUGCUUUGAAGCUGACAUUUGAAGGAUCAAAUCAGUUUAUUUAUUUCCAAACAUGGAUUUUUACUGUGGUAGUGGCAGGCUGUUGUCUUUUGCAGAUUAACUACUUAAACAAGGCCUUGGACACCUUCAAUACGGCGGUUAUAUCACCAGUGUACUACGUUAUGUUUACGACUUUCACGAUCCUUGCGAGCAUGAUCAUGUUUAAGGACUGGGAUUCACAAAAUGGAUCACAGAUUGUUACUCAACUUUGUGGUUUUGUAACAAUUCUAUCUGGCACAUUUCUCCUUCACAAAACCAAGGACAUGGGAAAUACAACACCGGCAGAGUCCCCGGUCUUUCAGAGUCCGAGCCACCCCACCGAACGGCGAAGUCCUGGAUAGCGCAUGAUAUAGAAAUUUAGCAGCAUUCCUUGAGUCUUAUCUAGUCCUGUGCCUGUACAACUUUCAGAAGGGUAGAAAGAAAGAGGUUAUUAGGUGAAAGAUUAUUCUUUAUUCUUAGAAAGCAACAAAAAGUGUCGAGAAUAGGAUUUUGUCUAAUUAAUCUUAAGAUUUGAUGAUGACUGUUUAGCUAAAAUCCAGUGAUUCCAUAAU